AUGCUUGCAUCAUUCCUACAAAUCGUCGGCCAAAAUACUCGAUAUUGUGUCAUUCGUAAUACAUUUGGUCGAUCACAAUUCACUGCAAGUGAAAAUUUUCACAAGAUUUUGAAGGCCUUGAAUUCAAUAGCAUCUGAUUGGAUGGCUAAACCAGGACCGGCUGUGCCAUCUAAAAUAAGGGAAAGCACAAGGUUUUACCCUUAUUUCAAGGAUUGCAUUGGAGCUAUUGAUGGUACACAUAUUCCGGCAAUGGUGAGGGGACGAGAUGUAAGCAGUUAUCGUAAUCGUCAUGGAAAGAUAUCACAAAAUGUAUUAGCUGCUUGUAACUUUGAUUUGGAAUUCAUAUACGUUCUUAGCGGGUGGGAGGGUUCAGCUCAUGAUUCAAAGCUACUAAAUGAUGCUUUAUCAAGGAGGAAUGGACUUAAAGUGCCCCAAGGUAAAUAUUUCCUAGUGGAUUGUGGAUUUCCUAAUCGGCGCCAAUUUUUAGCUCCAUUUCGAGGUGUGCGAUAUCAUCUCCAAGAUUUUGCAGGUCAUGGUAAUGACCCUCAAAAUGAAAAUGAAUUGUUCAAUCUUCGCCAUGCGUCAUUGAGGAAUGUGAUCGAGAGGAUAUUUGGCAUUUUUAAAUCACGGUUCACAAUUUUUAAGUCAGCGCCUCCAUUUCCAUUUAAGACACAAGCAGAGCUUGUGUUAGCAUGUGUAGCACUACACAACUUUCUUCGCAAAGAGUGUCGUUCUGAUGAAUUUCCAAUUGAACCAGUGGACGAAUCUUCUUCAUCUUCAGUAUUACCAGUUAAUGAAGAAGAGAAUUUGGAACCUAUUGUUCAAACCCAAGAGCAGCAACGAGAAAAUGCUAAUGCAUGGAGAGCUACCAUAGCUUUAGAUAUGUGGAGAAAUGCUACUUAG